CGCCGCUGCCGCCACCGCCGCCGCCGCUGCAGGUGUCGCCGCAGCAGUGACCAGCCAUGGCGCGCUUCCUGCGGCGCAGCCUGCGCAGGAAGAAGGGCGCCGUCCGGUUUGGCACAGAUACAGAAUUGGAUGAGUUCGAGCCUAACGCCCUGCGAUACAAGCCGGACCAUAUUGAAACACUCUGCAAAUCAACCAAGUUCAGCAAAAAAGAGAUCCAGCUUAUGUACCGGGGUUUCAAACAGGAAUGCCCGAGCGGGACAGUGAACGAAGAGACAUUCAAGUACAUCUACUCCCGGUUCUUCCCACAAGGAGAUUCCAACGCCUACGCGCACCACAUCUUCAACACAUUCGAUACCGACCACACGGGCACCAUCAACUUCGAGGAGUUCGUAACCGCUCUCUCCGCGCUCAGCAGGGGCGACAUCUACGACAAAUUGCGCUGGGCCUUCUCACUGUACGACGUUAAUGGAGACGGCUAUAUCACCAAGGAGGAGAUGCUGGACGUAGUCGGGUCCGUGUACAUGCUGGUCGGCCGGCGGGCCAGCCCCACGGGAGAGGACACCACCACCAAACAACACGUCGACAGAAUCUUCCAGAGGAUGGACAUCAAUGGUGACGGAGUGGUCACUCUGGAAGAAUUUGUAGAACUGUGCAGCAAUGACGAGACAAUCGCUCAGUCGUUAAAUCUGCUGGAUACGUGUUUUUGAACGGCCCGGGGCGCAGCGCCGGAAGAUGGCCGCCCAGGACCAUUUCGCGUCUGACAGAGACGAGCAGCGCCACUCCGCGUCUGACGGAGACGAGCAGCGCCGCUUCAUAGCAGACGGAGACGACCAGCGCCGCUCCGCGUCUGACGGAGACGAGCAGCGC